AUGCGCAAAAUUGAACAGUUUAGCGAUGACGACUUGCCUCCACUUCUCCCAUUGGAGGACAAGACAGAGCCUCUGACCAAGCGAUCAAAGCGAACUGAGCGCGCCGAGAAGAAGAACAAGCUCAAGGCGAAAAAGCCCAAACCACAGCAUCGCCACCUCCUGGAUCUUCCGUAUGAGCUGGUUCUGGGAAUAUUGCAGUUCUGUCGUCCGAGUGACAUCUUCAACUUGGGCCGUGUGAGCAGGGAGUACCACACCGUCGUCACACAAGAUGGCGACAGACUCGCGAAGGUCAUAUGCGACUUUCGAUACGAUUGCCUUCAGAGGUGCUUCCAGACGCCUGUUCUUCUGAAGGAUGUCGACCCAGAGGUUUACCCGGCCUUGCACAGCAUGGACCGAUCAGAGCUGAAAAUGGCCCUCAAAAGGCCUUAUCAGCAUGUCCAACCUCUGGACCCAAACCUGAUCUGCACUUGUUUCAUAUGCAUCCUCCGCUGGACCUGUCUUUGCAUCAUCCCCGAUUUCGCGCACUGGCAGAACGACCUGGAUGCCGGGGAACCAAUUCCGAUGAUCCCUCGUGGGACACAUCCAGAGUGGAACAAGGAACUUGUCGAGAAGCACGCGGCCAUCGUCAGGAAAGCUCUCUACAGUCCCCUGUGGCAUGCUCGCCUUUUGGAGGAACACCUCAAGUCUACGACUCGGUCCAUCAGCCGUCACGCCGCGAACAAGGGAAACAAGCGGCGGAGGUUCCGAAUGACGAAAGAGGAUAUCGACUCUGGAACAGAUCAGUUUCUUGCGCGAAGCGGGCCCCCAACGGCGGAUCUCCCCUUCAUUCGAGACAACUACUACAUGCUCGAGGCUUUCCUGCCUAAUCGCGGGUGGAGUUCAGAAGGCAAUCGGUGGAACUACGUGCCAAAAGAACAGCAUGACACUGAUUUGAACAUUGCUGUUGCUUGGGCCAAAUGGAGAGCACACAACAAAGCCAGGACGUAG